AUGCAGGCGAUUCACUCUCGCAUCAACAGCUAUUUCGAACUAAACGGAAACACGUCCUUAAAGCCUGUGAUCGCUGCAGGUGCGAUGGAAACCAACCAUGCUAUCGCUGCGCAGCAUAUAAUCACCCUUGCCUCUUUCGCGAAAGAAAGGUUACCCAGACCAAAGCAUACUCUCGAGGGUGAGGCCGCAUUGUCUCUAUCGUCGGAUACUUUCCUUUGUAACGCUAAUGAAUCUUGCCUAUCUUACAGAUUCGUCGAAAUGCUUGAAUCUCAUCACGCAUUGGUCGUGAAAGCAUUACAGCAACUGUAUGCUCAUUGCAUCAAUAACAAAUGUUUUCCAGGGGAGCCAAUUGAUGUCGUGGAUGGCUAUCCUUUGACCCACGCUAUCUUGGAUAGGCUCGGCUUGAUUAAAGAGGCCGAAGAGAGCACCUCAGAGGGACUGGACACGGACACCAUCGAAACAUCACAGUACUGGAGGCCCCAACGUCGGUCUUCCAGUUCUAUUGAUACAGAGUAUGCUUCGUCUAUGCAAACCAGCCCAGUUGAGCGAUCUCCCAUUAGUGACUCCACCUCAGAGUCCCCAACUUCAGAAUCCCAUCGCGGCCCGCCACUUACUAGCCUCCAAGGAAUUUACUCCUCAUAUGGACCUUACCACUGUCCUGAUGAGCAGGCUUGGCCCAUGGAUGCAACCACCCAAGUUAUGGAUUUCACCCAUCCAACUGCCACAACUGGAAUUCAAGUCGAAACCCAAUAUUUACCAGCUCCAACUUCAGCUGUAGGGCCGACAAGCACCAUUUGCCAUGAAAAUUCUACCAGUCACUUAGCAAUUGGCAACACUACUGGACCCACUUCGCCUGCUUGCGGGCAUACGGGCUAUACGGGACCAUUUCCCAGUAUAUCCAGUUUCGCUUACCAACAUUCCGGUGACGGUACUCAAGGAGCAGAUCAGCAGUACGAAUGGGCGCCCAAUCUAUGGGACAGGUCAAAGAGUGGCCAGCCUCCGAAUGUCGAAUGA